AUGCAUUUUGCAGAAGCUCUUGGUUCUUCAGAAAUUGACUGUCCAAGCAUACCACGAAAACAAUCAAUGUUGAAGAAACAUUUUCGUAUGAAAAAAGGACGAUGUGAUCCUGAGAAGCUAGCAGCCAGUGCAAUCAACCGUUUUGAAACCCUGUUCCUCCUCAAAUCAUCCAAGGAAUCCUACUUCAACAACAAAUUCAUACGAAGCAUUACAAGUUCCCUUAAAAUUCCAGUAAUUCUUUCAACUGGAGUGUCUUCAUUUUACUUGAAAGAAAAAUUUAAUGAACAUUUUCUAACUAUUGUCGAAACCGAAUCAAGACACUUAUUUCUUCAAAGACUUUUGGAAGACCUACAACACCUUCGACAGUGUAAGACGAUAUUUGUGCUGAAGAAUCCUUUAAGAAAUUAUGAAGAACUAAAGAGUGUUUUCAAAUUCUGUUGGCACAAUAGAAUGGUAAAUGUUAUUGCAGUGUUUCAAGAUUUCGGAACUUCUUCAACUUACUACAGUUACAGUAAUUUCGGAAAUUUCAAAAUUGAAGAAUUUAUCUGGAGAAAAGACAAUUUGGGUAUUUUUCCAGACCGAAUGCUGAAUCUUCAUGGUGUUCAAUUUCCAAUUCUUUUCGGAGGAUCAGAACCAGGAGUGAUUAUCUCAGGAAACUCUAAAUUUGGUGGUUACUUGGGGCAUAUUAUCAGUACUCUUGCGAAGAAACAUAACGCCAGAUUGGAUAUUACGAAUGUAAACUCUUCAAUUUCACCAGAAAAAAUUUAUGAACUUGUGCUAAAGGGAAUAAUUGAGAUAUCAGGUGGAAAAAUGAUGCAUUCACAAGCUCCAAUUGAAUGGUUUUCAUAUCCAAUCACAGUAUACGAUUGGGGUGUAAUGGUUCCUGUAGAGCCAAAAAUCCCAACCUACAAAGUUUUUACCCUUAUUUUCCAUUGGGAAGCAUCUGUAAUAUUAAUUGUGAUAUUUCUUUUACUCUCUUUAACUUUAGCAGCCUCUGGUAAAGUCUCAGGAUCUACUAGUACUUUCAUGUUAAAUAAUAUUGUAUGUUUUCGUGGAAUGCUCGGACAGUCAUUCUCACAAACAUCAAAAGCUUCAGUCAGUACAAAAAUCAUCUAUACGUUGUUAUUUUUGCUUGGAAUCAUGAUGGUAACUUCAUACGAUGGAUUUUUGCAAUCUUUGAUGACCCAACCACCGAGGGAAAAAGUGAUAAAAUCUUUUGCUGAACUAGAACCAGCUGGAUUAAAGAUAUCAGUACUUGAAUCGGAAAUUGAUAUUUUGUUCAAUUUGAGACCAUGUGUGAUGGAAAAAUAUUCAUCCUCAUUUCAUGCUGAAAUCGACUACACGACAUUGAAGAAAUUUCGAGAUACUUUCAAUACCAAGCAUGCUUUCGCAGUAUCAAAUCAACUUUGGAAAUCAGCCAUAAUGUUCCUUGAGAAGACAAAGACCACCGCCGCCGCUCGCUGGUCGACCAUUGGCGACGACUAUGACGACAAUGUGGCAGCUUAA